GAAAGGCAGAGGAGAGCAAACAUUAGAUCAUAUAAAGACUGGAACUAUCCUUAGCAUUACUGAAACAUCAACAGGCAGAGUGAGACAGAUAUGAUGCUGGCUGUGUGUGUCACUGUUGUCCUGGGCCUUCUCUCAGUGAGUGGCUCCCAGGCGGCCCCUUUAACCUGUGAGGAUCUCCUGAGACCACUGGAGCUGAGCAGUGUCACUCAGACUCUGGGGAAGUGGAUGUAUAUUGCUGAGAGUUCAGACCGUCCUUUCUGGGAACAAAUACUGUAUACCUUAUUACACAGUGCCUGGAUAGAGGUCUCUGUGCCGGUCGGUACCCAGAACAACAUUCUCGACAUCGCCCAGUUCUAUGGCAUCGGUAUUCCACAUCAAAAUACUUUUGGAUUCGGAUGCUCCAGGAUCAACUCUAACUUUACUCUGCAUGACAAUAACACAUGGACCUCAGUGAGUCCCAUCCCUGUUACUGAGGUUCUCCUGACAACGUGCUCAGACUGCCUCCUGACCCUGGAGAAAUGGGAUGAGGAUGGGAAGACCUACACCUCUCUAACGCUCUACAGUAGGAGACGGGAGCUCACUGCUACUGAACUGGACUUCUAUAAGAAACAGGUGGAUUGUCUCAGUCUGCCACCAGCGACGUUCAUCGAUCCAAAGAAAGAUCUCUGUCUCGACACAACUCCACUCUUAGAAGAUCAAAUUGCGAAGGAAGUUGAGAAUGCAGUUGAACUUAUUUCAGAGAUUCCAAGAAUGCUCAGAAAUGCAUUUGAAGAAUUAAAGAAUUCUGUUUAUCAGGCAUUUUCUGACAUUUUCGGGUAAUGAGUAGUCCUCCACCAUGUGGGCAACAGUAACCCAGGGUUACAGUACUUUACAGCAAGCCUGUAAACAGUCCCUGAUGCCUUGAUGUGGGUCUAAACUCCACUCUGCUCAUGUUGCUCUACAUUCAACACAAUAAAUCCAGAUUAAGACAAA